AUGUUUUGGAUUAAAACGUCCACUCCAUUGAGUAAGGCCACCGAUAACAUUCUACCUCGGUUUACAUAUGUUCAGAGAAGUUUGGUCAGGAACAGUAUAGUCAAGAGGCCUUUCAGUAAGAAUAACCCUGUGUUCAGUGCCGAGACUGACAAGUACAAGGAUAAGCUACACAAGAUAAUCAAUAAUUCAAGGUUGCUGAGUAGACUGAACAAGAACCCGAGGUUUCAUCAAUAUUUCAAUACUGUCUCUGAGACAGGUACGAUCACGACACUAACCUCCUUUCUAGUACUACAUGAACUUACCGCAAUAGUACCGCUGUUCGGGAUGUGGUGGGUUAUCUACAAUCUCGAUAUACACAACGACCUAGAGCUCCCAGGUUAUCUAUCUGACCUCCUUGAGCGAUGUUCUAAAGCAAUUGACAAAAUAGUGGGUGACAAGUACGGACAGGACCUCGAUAGGCACCGGUUAAUCUUGUCUGGAGCAAUAUCAUACACCAUUGUCAAGCUACUGUAUCCAUUGAGGAUCAUAUUGAGCAUAUGGUGGGCUCCACAUUGCGGCCGUUUUAUAGUCACGCCCAUCAGAAAACUACUGAAAUACUUGAAGCCCAAAUGA